GGCUUCGACGCCUUUGCUGCCGGAUCUCGGACUCCUGCCUGGGGUGCCCCCAACCCGGGCGGUCGAACCCCUGCCUGGAAUGCUCAAUCUUCUACUGCAUCUAAUAACAAGAGUUAUGACGCUCCAACUCCCGGCGGAGACUAUUCUGCACCGACUCCCGGCGCGUAUGCGAGCGCUCCAACCCCUGGUGCUUUGGCUCCUACCCCGCGCGGAUACGCUGACAGCGCCCCUACUCCCGGUGCUCUAAACGCGCCUACUCCUGGUGGUUACAGCCGGCCGUAUGAUGCACCUACCCCGGCGGUGGGAUCCGGAGUUGCAGCGACGCCUGGCGCGAGCGCGGACGAUGGCGGUCCACGAUACGAGGAGGGCACGCCUAGUCCUUGA